AAAUUAGCUGUACGGCGUAUCUUAAAAAGGGAAAUAACGUGAAUUCUAAACAGAUUUUGGACGAUGUCAGAUGUGAAAACCUAAAAUAUCUCGCGCCGUCGUUGUGACUGCAGUUUAUUCGAUGAUAUUUAUUCCGGAAUUUCUGACACUUCAUCAAUUGGGCUCGUUUAAAAGAAGAGCUGGGACAAGACUGACAACACCUGAGCAGAGUCCGACUGCCCACAGUGUGGCCCACUGUGCUCGACCUGCUGGACUGGCUGGGCUGCAUGCGCGCCUGUGUCGCGCGCUACUGGUGGGCUGUGCGCUGUCACGCGCGCCGAAGGUGCCAUGAAAUGAAGAAAACUCAGUCACAGAGGGGAAGGGCAUUAUUUAUAAGAGCGCGUAUGGGACCAUAGGAGGAUUAUCUUACUCGACUGAAAAUGGCCAGAAACACAUCUCUUUAUUUUAGAAUCGUCGAGGGCAGGAACCUCCCGGCCAAAGACGUCUCCGGAACCAGUGAUCCAUACUGCAUUGUAAAAGUUGACAAUGAAGUUGUGGCCAGGACCGCCACAGUGUGGAAGAACCUCAGUCCCUUCUGGGGUGAAGAGUACACACUGCACCUCCCGAUGGGGUUUCACUCACUCUCCUUUCUUGUCAUGGACGAGGACACGAUUGGCCAUGAUGAUGUUAUUGGAAAGAUAACUCUGACCAAAGAAGCCAUUGGAUCUCAAGCUAAAGGGAUAGAUUGUUGGCUGAAUUUGACGAGGGUCGACCCUGAUGAAGAAGUCCAGGGAGAGAUCCAUCUGAGUCUAGAGCUCCUGAAAGACACAGAGAAGAUCAGCCUGCGGUGUCAAGUCUUUGAAGCCAGGGACUUGGCUCCAAGAGACAUCUCUGGAACCUCUGAUCCAUUUACAAGAGUUAUUUUCAACAACCACAGUGCAGAGACCUCGAUUAUUAAGAAGACCCGUUUCCCCCACUGGGGAGAGACCCUGGAGCUGGAGUUGGAUCCAGAGGAGCUGAGAGAGGAGGGCACUGUCACUGUGGAGGUCUGGGACUGGGACAUGGUUGGCAAGAAUGACUUUCUGGGAAAGGUGGAAAUCCCUUUUGCUUGUUUGCACAAGACACCUCCGAUAGAAGGCUGGUUUCGUUUGCUUCCCUUGGGAAACAAUGAGGUUGAUGCUGGUGGCAAGCUGGGAGCGCUGCGUCUGAAGGUGCGUCUGGUGGAGGAUCGGAUCUUGCCGUCUGUGUACUAUCAGCCCCUCAUUCACCUUCUGGUGGAGUCAGUCAUCUCCCCUACAGAGGUGGAAGAUAGCAGUGCUCUGACCAUGCUGGAGGAGGUGAACACGGUUGAGAGCCGGCAGGAUGUGGCAAUGACUCUGGUGAAGAUCUACCUUGGCCAGGGCCUGGUGGUGCCAUUUCUGGAUUACCUCAACACCCGCGAGGUCAACCACACCACUGAUCCAAACACUUUGUUUCGCUCCAACUCACUUUCCUCCAAGGCCAUGGAACAGUUCAUGAAGGCUGUCGGCAUGCUGUAUCUGCACGAGGUGCUAAAACCCAUCAUUAACCGUAUCUUUGAUGAGAAGAAGUAUAUUGAGCUGGACCCGUGUAAGAUCGACCUGAACCGCACAAGACGAAUUUCAUUUAAGGGUGCAGUGUCAGAGGCAGAGGUGCGGGACAGCAGCGUGGAGAUGCUGCAGAGCUACUUAACCAGCAUCAUUGAAUCAAUCGUGGGCUCAGUUGAUCAGUGUCCUUCUGUCAUGAGAGUGGCCUUCAAACAGCUACACAAGAGAGUAGAGGAACAAUUUGCUGAACCUGAAAAUGAGGAUGUGAAGUAUCUGGCUAUCAGUGGAUUUUUUUUCCUGCGUUUCUUUGCUCCUGCCAUCCUCACACCUAAACUGUUCCAGCUGAGGGAUCAGCACGCUGAUACGCGUACAAGCAGAACGCUUCUACUGUUGGCCAAGGCGUUGCAAAGUGUCGGGAACUUGGGCCUUCAGCUGGGUCACGGAAAGGAGCAGUGGAUGGAGCCUCUUCAUCCAAUCAUCCUGCGCAGUGUGUCCUCCGUCAAAGACUUCCUGGACAAGUUGAUCGACAUAGAUCAUGACAUCGUGUCUGAGGUGCCUCAGAGAGCUGUGUUCAUGCCCUCCGUCACAGUUAAAGAGGGGUACCUCCACAAACACAAGGCAGAAGGACCCCAACUGCUAUCCCGCUUUGCGUUUAAAAAGCGCUACUUCUGGUUGACGAGUGAGACGCUGUCCUACGCCAAGACGCCUGAUUGGCAGGUUGGUACUGAACCAGUGCGCUCCUCGAUCCCUAUUCAGUGUGUGUGUGCCGUGGAGAGGGUGGAUGAAAAUGCCUUUCAGCAGCAGAAUGUAAUGCAGGUCAUCACCCAGGACAACGACGGGCAGCUGCUCACCAUGUACAUCCAGUGCAAGAAUGUGAAUGAGCUGAACCAGUGGCUGUCGGCAAUCAGGAAAGUCAGCAUCUACAAUGAGCGCAUGCUGCCCUCUUUCCACCCAGGGGCUCAUCGCAGUGGAAAGUGGACCUGCUGCCUGCAGGCGGACCGUGCUGUUACAGGCUGCAGCAGAACACACUCAGCUGUGACUCUGGGUGACUGGAGCGACCCGCUGGAUCCCGACGUAGAGGCACAGACCAUAUUCAAGCAGCUGCUCCAGGGCAAAGACAAACUCAGGAAAAAGUAUAUGGAGAUGCCAGAUGCUGAUCAGACGUCCGGCAGUCAAGAAAGUUCUCACCUAGGUGGUGCAGAGUGCAAUGCUCAGCUAAUAAAGCCAGGUCAGACUGUUGCUGCUCGGCUGCUAGCUGUGAUAGAGGAUCUGGAACAGGCUCACGCCACCUUCCAGCGCAGAGAAAAAGAGGACGGUACCAGUGUCAUUCUGAAUCCUUAGACUUCACAUAGACUGGGAUGCACUACUUAUGCCUGAAACGGGGGGGGGGGGUGGGGGGGGCAUCCUGAACCAACAUGAGCAAACACCACAUAUUCACUCUCUUGAUAAUCAGAGAGAAAGUGGCCACAGGGUGCAACCUCUUCUAGCUUUUUAGUACAUUUCCCAAAGUAGAGGGAAUUCAGCCACUUUUGAGUCUUUUUGUAUUCUCUGAGUGCCACCAACUUCACCAACUGACAACCAGCUGACACUGGCGAUUGGAGGUGGUGACUUUGAAGCAUGAUUUUUUUUUUAAUGUAGAUAACAAGCAAUCACUUGCAUGACCUGCAUCCACUUGUGAAAUGUGAAAAGAAGCUUUUAUAUUUUUGAGAUACUGUACAGGACUUCAGUCAGGGUCACACAUUUUUAUGCAAAAAGCUUGUUGUAGUGUAAUAUACAGUACCUGAAUGUAAGAUGUUUUGAUAUUGCUUUUAUCAAUGUUUUGUAUUUUAUUGAGAAAAUUUGUCACCAUGGUCGCAAUGUAGCAGUGAAAUUAAUGCUAAAGGUCAUACUAUUAUAAGUUUAUGAAACGCUGGUGCACAUGCCACAGUGUAAUGAUGCCUGUACAGUGAGCUAAAUUAAUUUUAAUUUAAUUUAAUUGUUGCUUUGGUCCCUUUAUACAAAACAAUGUGCUUUUGUUUGGUGCUAUGGCCAGUCAACUUAAAUGUUUAAUCUUAAAUGGUUCUGGUGUCAUUUGGAUAUUUAAAAUGUCCUUACACUUGAUGUAGCCACACCUAAAUUCCUUAGGGUAAUAUUCACUAUUCACCUCUUAAUAUGAGGCGUGAGAACCAGAGGGGCUUAAGUGACAUUUUGGGGGGAAAGAGAGUUGUGUAUAUAAUAUAUAUAUAUAU